GGCGGCACCCGGGCCGCGGGGGAGGACGGUGAGCGGCGCACGCCUUCGUCCGGGGCCGUCAGCCCGGCCGCCGGCGCCGCGCAGGCCGCGGAGGCGGGCGGAGGGCGGGCGGGGGCGGAGCGGGGGUCGCGCGGUGCCGCGCCGCCUGGCAGCGCGGCCGGGGCCGGGGCCGCGCCAUGGGCACGCUGCUGUGGUGGGACCAGCUGCGGGCGGGCAGCUCCGAGGUGGACUGGUGCGAGGACAACUACACCAUCGUGCCCGCCAUCGCCGAGUUUUACAACACGAUAAGCAACAUCUUGUUUUUUGUUUUACCGCCCAUAUGUAUGUGCUUAUUCCGUCAAUAUGCAACCUGCUUCAACAGCGGAAUAUAUUUAAUAUGGACUCUCCUAGUUGUGGUUGGAAUUGGAUCUGUUUACUUUCAUGCCACCCUGAGUUUCCUGGGUCAGAUGCUGGAUGAGCUGGCUAUUCUCUGGGUUCUGAUGUGUGCUUUUGCCAUGUGGUUCCCUAGAAGAUACCUACCAAGAGUUUUUCGAAAUGAUAGGAGCCGUUUUAAAGCCGCUGUAGGUGUGCUUUCUGGAGUUACUACUUGCCUUGCCUUCAUCAAGCCUGCUAUCAACAACAUCUCGCUGAUGACUUUGGGUGUUCCCUGCACAGCUUUGCUCAUUGCUGAGUUGAAGAGAUUAUUUAUAGAUGUCUUAAAAAAGAAAUGCCGGACCCUAAAACCAACUUGUGUGAAGGACACUGAAGAAAAUCCUCCAUCAACAAGAUUAUGCAUUGGGUGUGAAAACCUGCGUGUGUACAAACUGGGUCUCUUUUCAGGUCUUUGGUGGAUGCUAGCACUUUUCUGCUGGAUCAGUGACAAAGCGUUUUGUGAGAUCUGGUCCUCAUUUAACUUCCCCUAUUUGCACUGUGUGUGGCACAUCUUGAUUUGCCUUGCAGCUUACCUAGGCUGCGUCUGCUUUGCUUACUUCGACGCUGCUUCUGAGAUCCCAGAGCAGGGCCCUGUCAUAAAGUUCUGGCCCAGCGAGAGAUGGGCAUUCAUUGGCGUUCCAUAUGUCACCCUCCUCUGUGCACACAAGAAAUCACCUGUGAAGAUCACAUGAAGUCAGCCGCAGAAUGGGAUGGAUUUUCAACUUACAUUCCAGCACAGACAGUACUUAAUUAAUGAUAAAUGAAUAAGGUUGUAUUUUAUCUUCUUCCUAAGAUACACAGCACUCCCACAUGUCAUAGUAGCAGGUGGCAAGUGUGUUCUUUCCCCUAUUUCUGGGAAGAGGUGAGAGGAAGCAGGGAGGUGGAGGCUCUUGAACACUGAAGUAAGAACUCCAUCUACUCUGGUUGGCUCUGUUUUGCACUCUGUUUUCAGUGUAGCAUUUCUCUUGUUAAAAGCUCUUUCCAAAUAUUAGAGUCAAGAAAGAAUGUUUUCUACAGUAGGUCACCUCUGGAGCUUGAUUCACGUCUUUUGUAACUUUUGACUUAAGGCCUUCUUUGUAAAAGAAGCUGAUCAGAGACGCCCGUCUCUGACCCAUCUCAGUGUCCUUCCCAGCUCCUAUUUAGAUGUGAUUGCACAUGGCCACAAGAGUGUGCUCUAAGCUCAUGCGCCUCCCAGCCCGUGGUCAGCUGUGCAUCACAGUGGCUCAUAGAGCCUGUGGUUGUGGUUGUUUCCCCAAGUGCAGCAGGAGACCUUUGCAAAAUAUCUGUAACUUGCUGGAUAACUGGAUUCAGUGCAGUUAGGCAAUGUAAAUUCAGGAAUAGUUGAUGGAAAAAUCAGGCCCUAAACUAAAUAUAAAUUCAGGGUUUUUGAAUGAUUCUGUAUUUCCACUGACUUGUGGACACCUGUAUGCUGCAUAUUUGUCUCUUAUGAAAAUGUUACAGAAGUCCCUCUCUACCUCUGCAGGCAUAUUUGAGUUUGAAUUUGGCCUUGAAGCUCCUACAGAAGUGUGUACAUUAACUUCAGUAAGAGCUGAGGUCAGCACAGACUGACAGUGCAGUUAAGCUAUAAAAACUCCUAGGUGCCUAGCUAUAUCUCUAAUUGGAGAAUGUUAAUUUCUCAUCAGUGCUUUGGAAAGACACAGGAACGAUAGCUUAGUGCUCGGGUAGUUAUAUUUAGAAAAAAACAGGAUGGAGACUUAGACUGCAGUAAGGAGUGAAAUGUGGUAUUUAGUCUUGCACUAUUACAAAGGAAUAGUAGAUAGAGAUUUUUCAUUUGUUUUCAGCCUGCUUUGUAAAGAUAAGGGAUAUCUAGAUCCAGUUUGUUUUAAGGUUACACUUUGGGGUUGAGAUCCAGGCAUGGUAGUGGGUCUUGCAAGCUGUUUAUGUUAGAUCUGUUUACAGAAUAAUGCAAAGUGCAGGCCUGUUGUUUAAAUGUUAGCAACUGCAUAUGCUAAAAACUGCAGUUUAAGGGAAAGCAGUAUCUGCUGGGAAAGCAGUAUCUGCUGGCAUUCUGCCUGCUAUCAGAACUGUAAGUGGGUUAAGGAUUUGGAUGUACAGUUCUAGUAAUAAAUGAUGUUUCCUAUUUGAACGCAAGACCAGGAAAUAGCAUUUGCUGUGUUCUUUGCUAGUAAGUCUCAUGUUGUACUUGUUUUUUAUCAAUGUGAAAAUGUACUUUAUACAAUACCAUCUUUAGGAAAAUGAUUUUUAACAAGAACUUUGGAGUGAAUUAGCUUUCAAGCAUUGUGAAACCUUUCAGGUAACUCUUUUAUUCGUAUUUAUGCUCAGAAAACAAGAGUUGAGAGAUAUGCUGUUAUGCUUAAAGCAAAAUUGUUAGUGGGAGAUGUAGCUGUCUUUUUGGAAAGUUCAAAGCAAGUAAGUAGCCUGCUGGCUUCUUGAAAUCUUUGCAUUUUACAAAGUGACUAUCAGAUCAAAAAAGCAGCCAUAAUUUUCACUUCAGUGAAGCAAUGAAGAUUUAUACCACUGCUGAAGAUUUGUGUGAGAGAAAUGUGGUUUUUUGGACACUCACUCAUGUAAUUUUUAUAUGGAACUUCUAACAAUUCAUGCAGUAAUAUUUGUUACUCUUUGAAACAAAACCUCUUUUUCCUUUCUCUUCCACUCUUCCUAAUUAUGGAAUGCUCAGUUCAAACACUUCUCAGGUAUAAAAAGUCUUAUGAUUAGAUCUUUAUGCAGAUAGGGUUGUGGGCUGGAACCCAGCUAAGGUUGCUAUCACCUGACAUGGCCCUACUUUGAGUAGAUUUCAUCAACAUUUUUUUACUAAACGGUUAUGCUAUGGUAAAUAAGUUAUUUUCAGUAUUGAUUAGGAAGUUAAUAACUGCUGAUAUAUCUACUGCUGAAAAUGACCAGAGCCUUCUACUUAAUAUUUAGCUUGAAAGCAAGCUCUCUGACUUAAAGGGCUCUAAUGAACCUGCUGUCAGCUGCUGUCUUCUGCUGUGCAGAGUCUGACUACUCACAAAAAUGUGAUUUUUAUAGUUUAAAAAGUGGCAGUAGUGUAUUCAGCUGUUGUACAAGUGAAUGAAUGCGUGUACAGGCUGAGAAGCAUCGUCUGUAUUUUUAUUAACUAACCUCUAACCUUUUUACCUUUAAUAAGGGAUUCUGUGAACAAACAUCACUAUCUGAUAUGCAGAGCUCCACUGUAGAACUGAUUGGGAGUAUUCCACUGUAACAGCAGUCUACCAUUUUUAGAUGUAGCUAUUGCACUUUAUGUUAAAUUAAUCUUAACCAACCCUUUCUGACAAAAGCCACAUCUUUUUUUUUAAAAAAAAAAGCCUGCAGUUUUUACCAGAUUCACAGCUUCAAAGACGGUACUUUGGACUAAGAUUGCAAUUCAGAAUAACAUCAGCACCCAAAGCAGCAUGUAAUUGGCAUACAGGGGUGAUUGUGCACUGCCCUGAUCCUACAUAUGGAUAGAGGUGCACAAAAGUAGGCAUAUUAUAUUGGAGUUUAAGUGAUGUAUAUGCACCCAUCAGGUUUUAAAAUCCCAGCAUGCUUUCCUCCCAUGUUGGCAGGAGGUGACUGGUUCCCCAGUCCUUAGGUUCAGUUAGUAUUUUAGCUUAACUAGUGGAAUGCAAUAGCAUGUGUUGGGUAUAAUGUAGAUUCUGUAUAUUGCUGUGUGAGAUCUAUCCAUCCUUCCUUCAGUGCUUUAUUUAUUUUUAAAAAAGGAUAUUCAGCUCCCAGUGAUGGCAAACACUUACCUAACUCACAGUCAGUAAAAAUUAAAUAAAUAGUAUGUAAUUUUUUUCUCCAUCUCAAUUGAAGUCUGUAUACUGAAUGUUUGUGUAAAGUAUAUAAUACUUUGCAAUAUUAAACUGCAUUUAGAAUAAA